AUGCUCGCGCAAAAUCUCCUCCUGCUCAUCGCAGCCAACCUCGUGGCAUCCAUUCCCGCCCUCGAUAACUCCCCCAAGCCCAUCAACCUCGAGGCAACCGAGCUGCAGCGUCGGUCCGCCUGCGCAGUUGCCGGCGUGGUCAACGGCCAGUGUGGCCGCUACUACCGCGGCACCGGCUGCAAUGACAUGAUCAAUGCCAUUGACCCCGGCAGAUGCAGCGGCACCUGCUACUCCUCGGGCGAUGCCAUCGCCAGCAUCAAAGCGUCCGGUGACGGCACCUACGGCACAAACUGCCAGGUCUUUUACGACUCCAACUGCCAGAACCCCAUCGGCCAGACCGGAAACACCAUCACUGGGGGAGGAAAGUGCUAUACGCCGUCUGACGGUCGCACCGGUCAUAGCAUGCUUUGCUGGUACCGCUGCUGA